CCGUCGUUGCCAAGGAAACCCUGACCCCGCCGGAAGCACUUGUUCCGGCCCACCGUGAGAGGAGACUCGUUUCCCGCCGGCGGGAGCUGUGGCAGUCGUGGCGGCGGCUGCUGCGGCGUGAAGAGACGCAGUUGGGGACUGUCGAGCCCCUUGCCAUGGCGGACCAACUCUACCUGGAGAACAUUGACGAGUUCGUCACGGACCAGAACAAGAUCAUGGUGUUCAAGGCCAGCCAUACUAAAGUAAAAAUAAAAGGUGACCUACAAAUGGCUUAGCUACACACUAGGGGUCCAUGUUAACCAGGCCAAACAGAUGCUGUAUGAUUAUGUUGAAAGGAAGAGAAAGGAAAAUUCAGGAGCCCAGCUACACGUGACCUACUUAGUGUCGGGCAACCUUGUUCAGAAUGGAAACUCUUGCCACAAGGUUGCAGUAGUGAGAGAAGAUAAACUGGAGGCAGUGAAGUCCAGGCUUGCUGUGACUGCCAGCAUCCAUGUGUACAGUGUCCAGAAAGCAAUGCUCAAGGACAGUGGGCCUCUGUUCAACACUGACUAUGACAUCCUCAAAACCAACCUGCAGAGCUGCAGCAAGUUUAGUGCCAUCCGAUGUGCAGCUGCCGUCCCCAGAGGCCCUGAUGAAAUGUCCCCUUCAGAGAAAUUUGGACAGGCCGAUCCUCAGACAUCAAAUGAGGCCCUCUCCAAUGGUGGGCCUACAACCAAUGGCCAUGGUCCACCUGCUACCAAACAGACAUCACAGCAUCCCAAAGGGAUUAUGGGAAUGUUUGCCUCCAAAAUGGCUUCCAAACCCCAAGACACGCACAAGGAGACUAAAACAGAGUCAAAAGAGGCAACGAAUACAUCUUCAGCAAGCAGCAAACCACCAGGGAAAGGGAAUGUGAUGAGCAAUUUUUUUGGGAAAGCUGCUAUGAAUAAACUUAAAGUCAAUUUGGACUCAGAACAAGCAGUAAAGGAAGAAAAAACAUUGGAGCAACCUCCAGUUUCUGUCCCUGAACCAAAGCUGGCAUGCCCUGGAGGCCUGAAGAAACCCUACAAGAAAGUAGAGCCUGUUAAAAUGCAGCAAAAGGAGAAAAAAAGGGGAAAGCCAGCUGAACUCUCAGAUGAUGAAAGCCAGAAGAAAAAGAGGAGAAGAAUUAAGCUUCCUGAAUCAGACAGCAGCGAAGAUGAAGUUGUUCCAGAUUCUCCGGGGGUUUAUGAAACUGAGUCACCACCUUCCGGGCCUCCUCAAUCUCCCCCUCCCGAGCCAGCUCCAAAGACUGAGCCAGAGCCUCCUUCCAUCAAGGCCACAAGUGGAGAAAAGAAAAGAAAACGGAAGAUAGUAUUGAAAUCCAGAACCUUUACAGAUGAGGACGGCUGCAUUGUGACAGAAAAGACUUAUGAAAGUGAAUCCUGCACAGAUAGUGAAGAAGACUUUAAGGUGAAGACAACAUCGUCACAGAGACCCCCCUCAAUGGCUGUGAAGAAGGAGGCCAAGGAGGAACGAAAGGGCCUCAAGAAGGGGGUGGCCGCCCCUGGCAAAGCCAACAGGCAGGUGUCCAUUACCGGCUUCUUCCAGAGGAAAUAAACAGCGUCUUCCUACAGAGGCACAGACCCACCCAUCCCACGUGUUCACAAGGGGCAUCAACUCCACCUUACUUACUGUGUAAGUGAGUACAUCUAGCUCCUCAAUACAGACCAAAAGGGCAUCUCCUGGAAGCAAAUGACAAGUGGAUAUUUCCAAAGCUGCUCACUUCUGAUGAUCUUCUUACUCUGUUUAAAGCACAGCCUUCAGGAUGUCUGAGUGGGAUCUGCUCUCCAUCAAUAGAGACAGGUGACAGACUUGUUCAAGAAGUCCUUUAAUGGCUCAUAUAUCCCGGCCCACGUACCCCCUACCUUCCUGCCCCAUUUGUGUCCAUGUUUAUACCUGCCUUUGUACUCUCCCUACUUGUCUGGGGCAUCCCCUUGAAUUUCACUGGAUGAAUUCUCUCCCCUUCCUAGGUCCUUCUCCUCUUCCACUCUCCUCCAUCUCAUCACCUUCACCCCCCAAAAGAAAAAGGAAUAAGCAGUUUUCUCUCUGCUUUUAAAUCCUGAUUGGACUAACUAAGCCUUGUAACAGAAGUCUCCCUGUCACCCUCUUUUCCUCUGUUAUUAAGUACCCUGCCGCCUGGCACCAGACCCGGAGACAGACGACUUGUGCCAGGUCCUCUUCACAGAAGUCCUCUAGACCUUUGCCCACAGCCCAUGGUUUGGGAAGGGCCCCAGCAGAUCACACAAAGACAUUUUAUGAUUGUAUUUGACUCUGCAAGAGGGGCGGUAAAGUGAACACUGAAGUCGUCAUGUUACUGACACAGUGAGUGCUUCAUAUUGUGUCGGGUGGUUUUAAUUUUUUCUCUUCCCCGUCUCUCAGCACCUAGAAAGUGCAGCCCAGCUAAGGAGGAGCCUUCCUGUGAAUAACAGGCAUUGAGGAGGAAAAACUUCUGUUCUUCUGAAGGAAAUGCAACCUCAGUACCACUUUCCAGAGAGCUGCCCCGGAUUGGGGAAUGUUCUAAGCACAGAGACACACACGUCCCUCUGGGUCUUUAUUUGGUACCAUGGUGUAUUACCCAGGAAUACAGGGUACACAAGGAAGCAGCUGAAAGGAGAAAAAUACAUAUGCAGGUCAAAAAAGUGAGGGAACAUUUUUAACUUGUUCUUUUGAGGGGAAAAUCCCUUAAAACAAUCAAUAAAUCAUUUAUUGUAAUUGUAUUCUUUAAAAAGUGAUUUCUCUUAAGGCUAAUGGAGUGAUCUGAAUGGAUUCAACCAAGCAUGGCAAUUGCUAACAAUAAGCUUUGGUGAGACAUGUACAUGUGCUGGCAGGGCAGUCUUCCCCAUCUUGAGUAACAGACGAAGGAUUCGAGACGUCUGACUUGCCGCUUACGUCCUGAAAGGGAUCAUUACAGUGGCUGAGGUAGUAAGCAAUGUAAUCAGCUGUCUGCUAUUUAAGGUUAGGGUUAUAUCUGACCCCAGGCUUCAUAAUGAGCUUCAUUAAUAACUGUCACCCAGGGCUUUCCAGCCAAAGGAGCCCCUAGGGACACUAUUAAGACCAGAGGUUUUCAGGGUGAAUUUUGGCAUCAUGUAUAAGGACAUUAGUAUAUUGAGGCCUAUGUAGCAAGCUGAGUAAGGGUUGGCUUAUCCUAUAACUGUUUCUUAAUGGGAAUGGGGCCUUUGUUCAGAAAGUAUGGGAAACCUAGACUCUUGAGCAAGCUUUUACAAAGACCCUUACCUCUGAAGUGAAGAGCCUGUUGAGAUGUUUAUUUUUACUAUUAGUGCUGAACGUUUAUUCUAAACAGUAACAUUGAAUUAAAAACCACUAACAGCAAUCUAAGCUAUUUGAACAUUGUACUGGGAUCUCUGAAAAAGCUGAUUCCUGAAUUAAAGAAAUUCUAGGCUGUUAGGGGCUCUGUCUUGCUGGGAUAACACAAAUCCUGUGAUCUCUGUUACAUGUUCAAUGAGCUCCCUCAAUAUUGAGCUGUCUGCAAAAGCUUCCCCUUGUAAAAACAGCUUAGCAAGUAAUCUUAGCAUAGGUUUUUUUUUUUUUAAGGUAAUACUGUACCAUGUUAUUCAUACAAGUUUGAUAAAUUUGAGAGGUUGUUUUUUUAAAAAAAUGAUUUAAGCUGUGA